AUGUCCCAAGAUGGCGGAGGCGGCCGAGCUGAAGCAUAUGGUUAUGAGCUUUAGGGUAUCGGAGCUGCAGGUUCUCCUGGGCUUUGCUGGAAGGAACAAAAGUGGAAGGAAGCACGAGCUCCUCACAAAAGCCUUACAGCUGCUGAAAUCUGGCUGCAGCCCGGCCGUCCAGAUGAAAAUCAAAGAACUUUACCGGCGGAGGUUCCCCAGGAAGAUCUUAACCCCUUCGGACUUGUCCAUGCUCCACAUCCAGGCUGGGCAGUUGCCCUCGGCCACCGCGUUGACGCAGGGGACGGUGUGUCACCUGCCCUAUGACCACGGCUCGGCCACCGUGGCGGCGGCUCUGCUGCCCCCGACGCCGGUGCUGGGUCCCAAACACGAGGCGGACGUUCAGCACCUCUCACCCCCCGUCCAUCCCGUCCACCCCGACGUCAAGAUGAAGAGGUUGCCCUUCUACGACGUCUACGAUGAGCUGAUCAAACCCACCACCUUAGCCUCAACGAACAGUCAGCGGUUCGAGGAAGCUCACUUCACCUUCGCCCUCACCCCCCAGCAGGUUCAGCAGAUCCUCACCUCCCGGGAUAUCUUACCAGGUGCCAAAUGUGAUUACACUGUACAGGUGCAAUUAAGGUUUUGCUUGUGUGAAACCAGCUGUCCCCAAGAAGAUUAUUUCCCUCCUAAUUUAUUUGUCAAGGUCAACGGAAAACUCUGUCCCCUGCCCGGUUAUCUCCCCCCCACCAAGAACGGCGUGGAGCCCAAGCGACCCAGCCGCCCCGUCAACAUCACCCCCUUGGCACGGCUCUCGGCCACCGUCCCCAACACCAUCGUGGUCAACUGGUCCUCAGAGUUUGGCAGGAACUACUCGCUCUCCGUGUACCUGGUGAAGCAGCUGACGUCGGUGACGCUGCUCCAGAAGCUGAGAGCCAAAGGCAUCCGGAAUCCAGACCAUUCCCGAGCCCUCAUCAAAGAAAAGCUAACGGCGGAUCCCGACAGCGAGAUAGCCACCACCAGUCUGCGAGUUUCCCUCAUGUGUCCGCUGGGGAAGAUGAGGCUGAUCGUGCCCUGCCGAGCCAUCACCUGCAGCCACCUCCAGUGCUUCGACGCCGCGCUCUAUCUCCAGAUGAACGAGAAGAAACCCACCUGGACGUGUCCCGUGUGCGAUAAGAAAGCCCCCUACGACAACCUGAUAAUCGAUGGGCUGUUCAUGGAAAUCCUCAACUCCUGCACGGACUGCGACGAGAUUCAGUUCAUGGAGGACGGUUCCUGGUGCCCCAUGAAGCCCAAGAAGGAGAACCAGGAGCUUUGCCAGGCGUCUGCCUUCAGUGGCAUCGAGGCCAGUUCUCUUUACACGGUGAGCUCCGAGGGCAAGAACUCUUCAGAGGGCAAAAAAAAAGUGGAAGUUAUUGAUCUGACCCUGGACAGUUCGUCGGACGAGGAGGAACCCCCUGCCAAGAAGCAGUGCCCGGGCUCCAGCGCGGCUCUUCCCACCACGGCGGGGCCCAAGGGGUGAGGCAGCACCAGAACCCACCCCCCAGCUCUGCUGGGUUUGGUUUCUCUUCCUUCCUGCUCUCUGCUUCCUUCCUUUCCCUUGGGGCUGGAGGGUCUGGAUUUGUUUUCCUUCCUUCAAAGCGAAAAUCAGCAUUACAGCCCUUCUGUCAUCACCUCCCUGGACGAGCAGGACGCCCUGGGCCAUUUCUUCCAGUACAGAGGUUCCUCCGGCCACUUCCUGAACGUGCCCCCCCUGGGGGGGUCUCAGGGGGUGGGGGGCUCCUCCGGGGGCCGCGUCAGCAGCAUCGUGUCCCCCGGCUCCCUGCGGGACAGCCACGGCCACACCGGCACCGGCGGCACCGGCCCCGCCGCGCUCCCCGGCUGCCGCCCCGACGUCAUCUCCUUGGACUGAGCCCCCGCUGCUGCCGGCGUUCCCUCGCCCGCCCGGGGAGAGGAGGGAGGAUUCCCCGUCGGAUCGGGACCUGAGGGAGGAUUCCCAGUUGGAUUCCUGGUCGGACUGGGACCUGAGGGCAGAUUCCUGGUCGGAUUGGUACCAGAGGGUGGAUUCCCAGUCGGAUUCCUGGUCAGAUUGGGACCCAAGGGAGGAUUCCCAGUCGGAUUGGGAGACAAAGGUGGAUUCCCAGUUGGAUUCCUAGUUGGACUGGGACCAGAGGGUGGAUUCCUGGUCGGAUUGGGACCCGAGGGCAGAUUCCCAGUUGGAUUCCUGGUCAGAUUGGGACCCAAGGGAGGAUUCCCAGUUGGAUUCCCGGUCGGAUUGGGACCCAAGGGAGGAUUCCCGGUCGGAUUGGGAGACAAAGGUGGUUUCCCAGUUGGAUUCAUGGUCGGAUUGGGAUCAGAGGGUGGAUUCCCGGUUGGGUUGGGAGACAAAGGU